AUGAGGGAAGAUGUCGUGGCUCGCGAGGGGCUCCUGGCGGAUCACAAAGCAUCUUUGGAUUCCAGGGAGCAAGAGAUCUCCCUUCGGGAGGAGAAUCUUGAAGCCACUCUCCGCACCAAGGAUGAGAGUUUGGAGACCUUGGUGCAGCAGCGCACCAAAGAACUGAAGGACGAGCAUGGUGCUGCUCUGGACACCCUUGCUACUGAUCAUGCUGCCCAGCUGAAGAAGCUUGUUGAAGAUCUGGAUGCCGCAUCCUCUGCUAAGGCUGAGCUCGACCGGCAGGUGUCCAAACUGAAUGAAGACCUUGUCGGGAGUGCCAAGGAGGUGGAGGCACUCAAAGAAGAGGCACGACAAGCGGAGCUUCACCUGGUUGAUGUGCAGUCGCAGCUCUCCUCCAAGACCCAAAGCUCGGAGACCGCCAAUGGAAAUAUGUCUGAUAUGAGGGCGAGGAUCGGCUCACUGGAACAGUCGGCAGAGUCCCUUGAAUCCCGGCAGCAGCUGCUGUCUAAGGAUUUGGAAGACGCCAAGCGUCUCCGGCAAGAUGUAGAAGACAGGCCGAAGAAUCGGGUCGAUAUGAGCAACCUCUGGAUCAAGAGCUUGAUUGACAUUACAGAACGUCUUAGCGCCCAAGCUGCGGCGAUGGGCAUGGACGGCCCAGCCUACUCAGCCAGCGAGCAGGAGGUCCCGAGCGUCAAGCUGGGGAUCUUCUUCAACGAGUUGAUCGACAAGCUGAAGUUGCAUGAAGAGGGAAGGGCCGAGCGCUUUGCGACCGAGUCCCGGAGGCUCGCUCGCAAUGCCCUCUUCAUGGUCUUGAGUAACAUCGCAUGCCGCCACCCAGAGCUCGAUCUUGAUGAUGGUUUCAUGAAGCCGUCGGCUGGUGCUGAUGUCGCCGCCGCUAAAGAGAAGGCUGCUCCCCGCGCCGACAGGGUUCUUCGCGUUUAA